AUGGCUGAGCGGCCUCUGGAGGAGCUGAUGGCCGUGAUCCAUGAGGCAGCCUGGCUGCGUGAGCAGGGGGUCAUAAUGGCCACGGGGGCUGGCGUGGCAACGGAGGCUGCCGCAAUGCUUGAGCACGGGUCCUGCGGAUGUGGAUGGUGCCGGGACUGG